CCAACCCACUGCCCAUCCUCUCUCUCUCUACUCUCUCUCUAUCGGAGACCCUUGAAGCGCAGACGCCAAAGAGGGCACCGAAGCACCCCAAGCGCUCCCGCCUCCUUCCGUUGUCCACUUAUCUUGGUUUAUGAGCUCGAAGGAGAGACCCACUCUCGGUGGCACGCGGAUUAAGACCCGCAAACGGAAUAUUGCAGCUCCUCUGGACCCUGCAGCAUUUGCGGAUGCAGUGGUCCAGAUUUAUCUGGAUAAUGCUGGCAAUCUGGAACUUAUUGCAAAGAGUAUUGAAGCUUCAGAUCUCGACUUUCAAAGAUACGGUGACACCUUCUUUGAGGUUGCUUUCACAGGAGGGCGUACACAACCUGGAACUACUAAGCCCGAUGAGGGUGAACGCCACCCUUACUCUAUCAUAGAGUGUGAGCCUAAACGAGAAUUGAUUCUCCCAUCUGUCAUUUACCUACAGAAGAUUUUGCGGCGGAGACCAUUUCUCAUCAAGAACCUUGAAAAUGUCAUGCGAAGAUUCCUGCAGUCCUUGGAGCUGUUUGAGGAAAAUGAAAGGAAGAAGCUGGCAAUUUUCACAGCCCUGGCAUUUUCCCAGAAGUUAUCAGGCCUGCCGCCUGAGACUGUCUUCCAGCCAAUGCUUAAGGAUAAUCUCGUUGCCAAAGGGCUAGUGCUUUCCUUCAUAACAGAUUUCUUCAAAGAAUAUCUGAUUGAUAAUAGCCUUGAUGAUUUGAUUGCAAUACUGAAGCGGGGGAAAGUGGAAGAAAAUCUGCUGGACUUUUUCCCAGCUAAUAAGCGCUCUGUUGAAGCUUUUUCUGAGCAUUUCACCAAGGAAGGGCUGGUAGCCUUAGUUGAAUACAAUGAGAAGAAAGUCUCUGAGGUAAAAUUGAAGGAAAUGAAAUCAGCACUGACAACACAGAUAGCAGAGGAAGCUGAUAUUGCUGAAGUCAUUGAAUCUGCGAAGCAGCAAGUUAAAGAUGCCAAGUUGCCAGACACUGAGGUAGUGCGAAUGCUUUGGGAUGUCAUUAUGGAUGCUGUCCAGUGGUCUGGGAAGAAUCAGCAGCAGAAUGCAAAUUCAGCUCUGCGCCAGGUCAAAAUAUGGGCAAAGCUUCUGAAUGUUUUCUGUACAAACGGGAAACUUCAGUUGGAGCUUAUGUACAAAGUGCAAACUCAGUGCUAUGAGGACACUAAGCUGAUGAAGCUGUUCCCUGAGCUUGUGAGGUCACUGUACGAGAAGGAUGUGCUUGCUGAAGAUACCAUCCUCCACUGGUUCCGCAAGGGGUCCAACAACAAGGGCAGGCAAACCUUUGUGAAGGCUCUCGAGCCGUUCGUGAAAUGGCUGGAAGAAGCAGAGGAAGAGGAGUAGUCCCCAUGUUUCCACUCCUGUGUACUCUCGCAAAACAGCAACUACUAUCUCUACUAUAUCUUUUAUCUGUUUUCUGUUCUCCUAUGAUAUGGUGAUGAUAUGACCACUCUCUGGCUGACUGAUAAUGUUCCCCAGUUUGAUACUCUUAUCUGGUUACUUUCUAUAUAAGUGUGGCUUCUAUCAA